AUGGAGAAGCAGAUGGUAACUAUCUUGCAGAAGGCAACUAUUGGCAUGGCACCGUAUGAGACGUUGUAUGGACGCAAAUGUAGAUCGCCUCUGUAUUGGGAUGAAGUUAGCGAGAGUCAAUUGUUGGGACCAGAGUUGGUACAAGAGAUGAAAGAGAAGAUUGCACUUAUUCGUAAUCGGAUGCUCACUGCUCAAAGCCAGCAACAAAGUUAUUCGGAUAAGCAUCGCCGCAAUCUCGAGUUCGCAGUUGGUUACCUUGUAUAUCUUAAGGUGUCGCCAAUGCGGAAUGUGUAUCGUUUUGGCAACAAGGGCAAGCAUAGACCAAGGUAUGUUAGACCAUUCCAAGUGGUGAAACAAGUGAUACGUCACGAGCCUCUUGAUAUUCAGCCCAAUUUGACAUAUGAAGAGUUGCCCGUGCAAAUUCUGGAUCGCAAUGAGCAACAGUUAAGAACCAGAACCAAUACUCUUGUGAAGAUCUUAUGGCGAAAUCAUGGAGUUGAAGAAGCAUCAUGGGAGUUGGAGCAGCAAAUGCGGGAUAAGUAUCCCCACUUAUUCGAGUGGACCUAG